GCACAUCUCUGCCACAUUUAGUAAAGCGUAAGAAGUUGAACUAGUUGGUACAGACUGGCCAAAGUGAGCUAAAGAAGCAAAAUAGGGAUGUUGGUUAGGAUGAUAUCAGGACUUCAUGGUCAUGGCAUUGCAAUGCAGAUACUGCUUCUCACCGUCRUGGUAACUGUAGUAAACUCGAUCACAAUUGAUGAGCUUCUGGUCAAGUUCGAUGAUAUGAAGUUAACUCUUCAUGCAGUUACUAGACAGAUGUUGAUGCAACAGCUUUACCUGGACGAGAGAGUGCGAUCCGAAGCUGAUUCAGGAGUAAAGCAAGUACGACACGAAAACGGCGGAACACGAAAUUACUAUAAAGCAUCUCAUUCCAGUGCAAAGUCUGCCAUAGCCAUACAUGAUCAUUCUAACUACGUGGAUACUGCAGGAAUUGGCGAAUUUGUGGCUGUUCUKAAUGGUAUUGAAUUUCGCACGAGACACAACGACUACCGAUUGAAAAUGCCACACGAAACUAGCAGUGAAGUUCACGAAACCCAGAGCAUUCCUUUUCCUGGRGUGCCUCCAGAGGUUACCCACCAACCCASUGUCGAUGCUCAGGUCCAGGAGAUGAGAGAAUGGUUCAAGGCUUGGAGCGAUCAAGAUCACUCUGUGAGAGAUUAUCGAAGGUAUUUCAAACCUAUACUCUGUUAUCUUGAAGGAGCUUGGUUCAUUAAAACUGAAGGCAAGAUAGACGAACCUUUCGAAAGUGAUCGCCAUUUCGUGGACGCCAGUAGCUGGUUUGACCUGGCAGAGAAGAUUCGAUUCACUUCAUACAGUGGUCGYAAGGACACUCUGGAAAACUAUGCMUAUUUACCAACAGCCAUAAUGAAUGUAACUCACGAUGGUCGACCAGUAUUGGCACAGUGGAACUAUCGCAUCUUGUGUCAUCCCGUGAGCAGAGACGUCCCACUCAAUAGGCUUCGARCUGAGGAAGAAGUUGGACUGCGAAUGUCUGCUUCAAGAACCUACACUGAGCAUGCGAGAACAAGGGCAGCAAGAUUUCAACUUAACUCAUUUGAUACAGAUGAAUGGAAAGAUCRUAAGAACCGAGAAAGAUGGGGUCUUCUUGACGAGUUGAUGAGCGAGAUCCCMGGUUUGGAUAACUAUCAAGGCGAAUUAUAUGAUAAUGAAAUUCAUUCUGAAGCUUUUACAAUAAACCCUAAAAAACCGUCGGACUCGCGAUUAAGAGCAGAUCGCUAYCAUAGGUGCUUCAGGGUGGCCGACAAAGAUGCMAUGGGUUCCUCUGAAAGAUGUCGUGGAUACUCAGACAGUGCUCUUUWCAUGGCAAUGAACACCCAGCCAAGCGUCGCUGGCAUGAAUUUCAAAGUAUGUAAGAAAGAAAAAGGCAGCGAYGAAGUUUGUAAUKUGUUCAACCAGAAAUGGUCAUACGCUAUUCCUUUGGAGAUCAUCUAUCUUACCCCCUUGAAUUCCUGGAAUCCUUAUGACUUAGAGUUUAAAGGAAAGGCAAGCAGUGAWCUUGGUAAGACCGUUGUUGCUGAUGGGCGWAACGGUGAUGCCACACUUGAAAAAGCCUUCGAUGGAACAAACAGCGGAAGGUAUUAUCARAUACCCGUGUCCUUYUUCUCYGGUAAUGAAAUUGGCACUGGACUUGCAGAUACGACGAAAAACUCUGUUGGAGUAUUGGAUAAAAAAGGUAAUCUCAGAAUCUGCAAAGCCAGUGGAAUAAGGAUCUUCUUCCCGCUUAUAGAAGGAGUCGGGCUUCUUCGCCAGAGAUAUCCUAUUUUCCCUGUCCAUGGAGAAGGGAGCUCAGUUUGGAAAGAGCUCAAUGCACUGAAAGAUCUGGUUGUCAAGUCCAAGACAAAUKCCUAUGUCUUCCAGGAGCCAUUGUCAGCAGGUGGCGAAUCCCCUGUGGCUCCGCCAGAAAAAGACACAAGAAUGCAGAUGACAUUGUCAAAAAGCGACAAAACCACUAAUCAUAACCAUGAAUUUUUUGUUACAAAAUCACAGAUAAAGAUGAUGCUUGAUGGGGCAGUUAUCAGAGUAACAACCACCAAGGCGAAUUCCCAUCAGCACAUACUCAAUCUAAAGUGGGGUYCCACUGCCAAGAAAUGGGUGAUAGUACAGUGCGAUGACGGGACGUCUGACACACAAAAAACUCGAUGUUGGGACAAGCAUGGMACYUAUCCAGUUGUUCUUUUUGACGAGAAAUAGAUAAUAGRGAAAACCAUCUGGGGUUUGAAUAUAUUGAGAUAAGGGGAUUAAAACCUUUUGGUUGAGGAUUUUAUCGUUUAAAUCAAGAAUGAAGGUGUGAAAAUUGGAAUAAAUGAAAGUUACAAAUCGCUUUA